CCGGGGAGGGAGGAGGGGGAGGGCGGCGCCGGCAGGUUGGCGGCGGCCGCUAUUUGAGCGCCGGUCCCGGACCGGGCGCUCAGAGCGCUUCGAGUCAGCGCGGCGGAGAGAUCGCGGCGCGCAGCCCGCAGAGGCGCUGCGGCCGGUGCAGCCCCGGAAGCCCCGCGCGACGAAGGCGGAGGAGGCGGAGAGGCCGGAUUGCCGCCCGCCGCCCGCGCCCCCCCACCCCGCCGCCGCCGCCUCCCCCUCUCCCCGCGGCGCCGCAUCUUGAAUGGAAACAUGGCGGUGCCGGCUCGGACCUGCGGCGCCUCUCGGCCCGGCCCGGCGCGGACUGCGCUCCCCUGGCCCGGCCGCGGCCCCCGGCCCGGCCCCGGCGCCCGGCGCCCGCCGUCCGGGCCCCCGCGCCCGCUGUUGCUGCUAUUGCCGCCGCUGCUGCUGCUACCGCUGCUCGCCGCCCCCGGCGCCUCUGCCUACAGCUUCCCCCAGCAGCACACGAUGCAGCACUGGGCCCGGCGCCUGGAGCAAGAGAUCGAUGGCGUGAUGCGGAUUUUUGGGGGCGUCCAGCAGCUCCGUGAGAUCUACAAGGACAACCGGAAUCUGUUUGAGGUGCAGGAGAACGAGCCUCAGAAGUUGGUGGAGAAGGUGGCAGGAGACAUCGAGAGCCUGCUGGACAGGAAGGUGCAGGCCCUGAAGAGAUUGGCUGACGCUGCAGAGAACUUCCAGAAAGCCCACCGCUGGCAGGACAACAUCAAGGAGGAAGACAUCCUGUACUAUGACGCCAAGGCCGAUGCUGAGCUGGAUGACCCUGAGAGUGAGGAUGUGGAGAGGGGGUCCAAGGCCAGCACCCUAAGGCUGGACUUCGUUGAGGACUCAAACUUCAAGAACAAGGUCAACUACUCGUACACGGCUGUGCAGAUCCCCACGGACAUCUACAAAGGCUCCACUGUCAUCCUUAAUGAACUCAACUGGACAGAAGCCCUGGAGAAUGUGUUUAUCGAGAACCGCAGGCAGGACCCCACACUGCUGUGGCAGGUCUUUGGCAGUGCCACAGGAGUCACUCGCUACUAUCCAGCCACCCCAUGGCGAGCCCCUAAGAAAAUCGACCUGUACGAUGUCCGAAGGAGACCCUGGUAUAUCCAGGGGGCCUCGUCGCCCAAGGACAUGGUCAUCAUCGUGGAUGUGAGCGGCAGCGUGAGUGGCCUGACCCUGAAGCUGAUGAAGACGUCUGUCUGUGAGAUGCUGGACACGCUCUCUGAUGAUGACUAUGUGAACGUGGCCUCGUUCAAUGAAAAGGCACAGCCUGUGUCAUGCUUCACACACCUGGUGCAGGCCAAUGUGCGUAACAAGAAGGUGUUCAAGGAAGCUGUGCAGGGCAUGGUGGCCAAGGGCACCACAGGCUACAAGGCCGGCUUUGAGUAUGCCUUCGACCAGCUGCAGAACUCCAACAUCACUCGUGCCAACUGCAAUAAGAUGAUCAUGAUGUUCACGGAUGGUGGUGAGGACCGCGUGCAGGAUGUCUUUGAGAAAUACAAUUGGCCCAACCGGACGGUGCGUGUGUUCACUUUCUCCGUGGGGCAACACAACUACGACGUCACACCCCUGCAGUGGAUGGCCUGCGCCAACAAAGGUUACUAUUUUGAGAUCCCUUCCAUUGGAGCCAUCCGCAUUAACACACAGGAAUAUCUGGAUGUAUUGGGCAGGCCCAUGGUACUGGCAGGCAAGGAGGCCAAGCAGGUGCAGUGGACCAAUGUGUAUGAGGAUGCACUGGGGCUGGGGUUAGUGGUGACAGGGACCCUCCCUGUUUUCAACCUGACACAGGAUGGCCCUGGGGAAAAGAAGAACCAGCUGAUCCUGGGUGUGAUGGGCAUCGAUGUGGCUCUGAAUGACAUCAAGAGGCUCACUCCAAACUACACGCUUGGAGCUAACGGCUAUGUGUUUGCCAUUGACCUGAACGGCUACGUGUUGCUGCACCCCAACCUCAAGCCCCAGACCACCAACUUCCGGGAGCCUGUGACUCUGGACUUCCUGGAUGCUGAGCUGGAGGAUGAGAACAAAGAGGAGAUCCGUCGGAGCAUGAUCGAUGGCAACAAGGGCCACAAGCAAAUCAGAACGCUGGUCAAGUCCCUGGACGAGAGGUACGUAGACGAGGUGAUGCGGAACUACACCUGGGUACCUAUAAGGAGCACCAACUACAGCCUAGGGCUUGUGCUCCCGCCCUACAGCACCUUCUACCUCCAAGCCAACCUCAGUGACCAGAUCCUGCAGGUCAAGUUGCCAAUCAGCAAACUGAAGGAUUUUGAGUUCCUGCUCCCCAGCAGCUUUGAGUCUGAAGGACAUGUUUUCAUUGCUCCCAGAGAGUAUUGCAAGGACCUGAAUGCCUCAGACAACAACACCGAGUUCCUGAAAAACUUCAUUGAGCUCAUGGAGAAAGUGACUCCAGACUCCAAGCAGUGCAACAACUUCCUUCUGCACAACCUGAUCUUGGACACAGGCAUCACACAGCAGCUGGUGGAGCGUGUGUGGCGGGACCAGGAUCUCAACACGUACAGCCUUCUGGCCGUGUUUGCUGCCACUGAUGGUGGCAUCACUCGUGUAUUCCCCAACAAAGCAGCGGAUGACUGGACGGAGAAUCCAGAGCCCUUCAAUGCCAGCUUCUACCGUCGUAGCCUGGACAACCAUGGCUAUGUCUUCAAGCCCCCGCACCAGGACGCCCUGUUAAGGCCACUGGAGCUGGAGAAUGACACAGUGGGCAUCCUCGUCAGCACAGCUGUGGAGCUCAGCCUGGGUGGACGCACACUGAGGCCAGCAGUGGUAGGUGUUAAGCUGGACCUAGAGGCCUGGGCCGAGAAGUUCAAGGUGCUAGCCAGCAACCGUACCCACCAGGACCAGCCUCAGAAGCAGUGUGGUCCCAGCAGCCACUGUGAGAUGGACUGCGAGGUUAACAAUGAGGACCUGCUCUGUGUCCUCAUUGAUGAUGGGGGAUUCCUGGUGCUGUCAAACCAGAAUCAUCAGUGGGACCAGGUGGGCAGGUUCUUCAGUGAGGUGGAUGCCAACCUGAUGCUGGCACUCUACAAUAACUCCUUCUACACCCGCAAAGAGUCCUACGACUAUCAGGCAGCCUGCGCCCCCCAACCCCCAGGCAACCUGGGUGCUGCACCCCGGGGGGUCUUUGUGCCCACUAUUGCAGACUUCCUUAACUUGGCCUGGUGGACCUCGGCUGCAGCCUGGUCCUUGUUCCAGCAGCUUCUCUAUGGCCUCAUUUAUCACAGCUGGUUCCAGGCAGACCCCGCGGAGGCUGAGGGGAACCCCGAAGCGCGAGAGAGCAGCUGCGUCAUGAAACAGACCCAGUACUACUUCGGGUCGGUGAACGCCUCCUACAACGCCAUCAUCGACUGCGGAAACUGCUCCAGGCUGUUCCACGCGCAAAGACUGACCAACACCAACCUUCUGUUCGUGGUGGCCGAGAAGCCUCUGUGCAGCCAGUGUGAGGGUGGCCGGCUUCUGCAGAAAGAGACACACUGCCCAGCGGACGGCCCGGAGCAGUGUGAACUGGUGCAGAGACCGCGAUACCGGAGAGGCCCGCAUAUCUGCUUUGACUACAACGCGACGGAAGAUACCUCAGACUGUGGCCGCGGAGCUUCCUUCCCGCCGUCGCUGGGCGUCCUGGUCUCCCUGCAGCUGCUGCUCCUCCUGGGCUUGCCUCCUCGGCCGCAGCCCCAAGUCCACGCCCACGCCUCGCGCCGCGUCUGAGCGCCCCCUCCUGCCCCUCCCCAGGCCUCCCCGCCUCUCCCCUGCCUCCCACACCCCGCCUUAGAGCCUCGCUUCCUCCCUCACCGAAGGACCUGAGUAGCCAGGCCCAAGUCUGAGCCUUGGAAAGGGGGGGGGGGGGGUCCCAAAGGAGGGUGCCGCAGGUCUUUGGCCCCCAAGCCACAUCUCGCCGCCGAACUGUCAAAGUGACCCCAGACCCCUUAUUCC